UGCAUCGGUGUCGUUCUGAGCUGGCGCUGAUCUGAGCAGAGGCAAGAAAAUCUCAGUUGUUUCGGAAAAUUGAAAGCGUUCGCUAGUGUUUAGAGCGCAAAGUGUGCGGUUUUGUGCGAAAGAAAGGUUUUGCCGAGUUUUAACGGGGACGUAGACGAAGACGACGUCGUCGGUGGUAAACGGUGGGUAAACAGUGAACGCCAGUGCAUGUGUAAAGCGGCGUCGAUGCAAUAUAAGCAAUAGUAACAAUAAGAAUAAAUUAAAAGAGUAUUGUGUGUAUGUACAUGUGCAUUAGUGAGGAGCAAGAACUGUAGCGGACGUACACAAUUGGAUAAACGCAUGCAUAUAUGUAUGUAUGUCUGCUUGUGUCUCUCGUUGGUCGCGACGGUUUGUGUGCGUGCGUCCAAACAUUUUUUUCGUGUUGAUUUUUCUUAGGAUCCAUUUCGUCGAAUUUCUGCAUGAGAUUUCUCUUUCAAGCAAUUGAUUAAAUGUGAAUUGUCGCCAGACAAAAGUUUUGAAAAUAAAAUAUCUGGCUAGAACGUGUGUGAAUUUUGGUUUUUUAGAUACAACAGCUUUACCAAUCACAUGCAGUAAUUGGCACCAGCUGGAGCUGCAUUUUUUGUGUAUAAUUAAAUGCGUGUGCUAAGCAGGAUUCUAAUGAAAAACAUAUAUUUUCUCAAUAGAAAGUUAUGACAAGUAUCCAAAAAAUGAAUUUGUGUUGAAAAUGCAGCUAAUGAUUGUGAAAUCGUACGCAACUUGAAGCAGUCAGAGUGCCCAAAAUUGUAUUAAAAAGGAGUAAAUGGAAAAUAAGUGCAUAACAGUGAAUAAGAAUUCUUCUAAAUCUAAAUAAAUAAUGUUGAUAUAAAAUAUUUCAAGCAAAAUCAAAAGAAAUAAAGGAACGAAAAGCCUCACAAAUAUCCUGAUUAGAUUUUGGUAAUAAACAACACGAAGAAUACCUAAUUGUGCAAACUGUCGAGAAGACGUAAACAAUAGCACGUCUACACAACAAACCAACGCAAACUACACACGCUGCUUACUAACUGCUUGCAAAUUACAACAACCACACUUCAAAUGUUACGGUGAAGAGCUAGAAUAAAAAGGAUUUGCAAAUAAAAUAUUGAAAAUCAAAUGCAAAUUGUAAAUUUCACCGAACAAAUAGAGCAAAACGCAGAAAAAAGCAGGGAAAGCCAGCGAAAAACUGCGCCAAUCAGCGGUGAAAAAUACGAAAUGCGUCGGAAAAAUAUCUAAAUAAAAGCAAUUUUCAAUGGAAAAUACGUAAAUGCGAAGUGGGAACCCCGUUAAAAGCACACAAAUCGCAUUGCCUUGCAGUGAGUGAAGUCAAAGCGAAAAGUGUAAAAAAUAAUUGGCAGUGGAUAAAAAAGUGUCAAAUGCGAAGCCAAAAUAAAAAGUGACGAGCAAAACGACGAGCGAAUGCACAACGUGAAGUGCAAAGCGAAUGUACGACAGUGACGGGUGUUACGCGGGGAGCGAAAUAGUGGCUUGUGGCUGCGACGGUUGAUCGGGUUGAUACGUUGCGGAAAAUCCUUUGUUUUCACUUUGGCUUUCCGGCCAAAGCUGGCAACUACACAGGCGCACAAAAAUAAAAAAAAAAAAAAUAAAUUGAAAUCAUAAGCUCUCGACAAAUUCAAAUACGGUACAACCGAUGUGUGUCCUCCGCCUCAUAUGCGCCAUCUAAAUACGUAAACGCGCCUAAGAACGAAAUCGAAUACUCGCAUGCCUUUUAUGGAAAUACCCGCCGACUAGUUUAACAAUAACAAUAACAACUGGCAAACUGCGCCGCGAAACGUGCGGAAAAUUUCGUUGCUGCACAUUGCCAACCGAAAGGCAUACCUAGCGAAAAAACCCACUGUAACCGCGACCGAACGGCUGCCGGUAAACGCCACACUACAAUCCCGAUUUCAUGAUUUUACGCCACACAGCAGACGCAACCGUUUAAGGCUCACUGCCUAGUCGCCUGCCGUGUGUCGCUGCGUUUGUGUGGCUGCGGAAUUUUCGGUGCGUCGUCGCCGUCGUGUUUGUUGUGGAAAUUUGGCAAUUUCACAGGCGCAACGGUGCGCACUUUAGCCUUGAAACCGCAUAGCACACAAUCGGGCGUUCGGCAUUUCACAUACCCGUAUGUAUAAAGAACGCUUGAAUCGCAUUGAAUAGUGCAGUCGGUUUAAGGUCGCUUAACUGUUGGCGUUUACCAGCAAACAAGCGCAUUAAAAUUUACGUACUCAACGUUUGUAACGGAUUGCUGUAAUCAACGGCGUAUCGCGCCUCUACCAUUCAAUUGAAUCUUGGCAGGCGAAGUAACUAAGUUUUACAGUGUGUCGCGGUGUUUCCGCUGUGCCCUCUAACGCGUCGCGGUAAAACGUGUUGAUGAACUGCAAUUUAGUAUUAACGCUCAAAUACUUUUCUGUUGUUGCUGUUGUUAAACAAUAAUGUCAUCAAAAUGUGGAUUAAACCUGAUUUUCGUGUCGAUCAUUUUCAUUAUCAUCGUAAAUGGCUACGCAAAAGACAUUUCCGGAAUUGAAAGAGAUCAUCGUCGACUCAACGAAUACAUAUCGCACUAUGAAGUACUCAACUAUGAUCAUGAACACAUCCGAACUAGUCACAAUAGAGCGAGACGAUCCGUGACCAAAGAUCAUCAUGUAGAUUUAAAAUUUUCAGCACACGGAAGACACUUCCAUCUUAGGCUAAAGCGUGAUUUAAAUACAUUUAGUGAUAAGUUAGAGUUUUAUGAUAGCAACAAUCUCCCCCUGGAUGUGUCCACCGAUCACAUCUAUGAGGGCGAAGUGAUAGGGGAUCGUAAUAGUUAUGUAUUUGGUUCCAUACUGGACGGGGUAUUCGAGGGUAAAAUAAUAACAGAACGUGAUGCCUAUUAUGUCGAACAUGCCAAACGAUAUUUUCCAACAACAACAAAUGCAACAACAGCAGCUGCGGAUGGCGCACAAAUGCCAUUGGCACAGCGACGCGUUGCAGAACAAUAUUUUGCAGCAACAACAACAACAUCAACGUCGCCGGCGACGAGCCCAACAACAACAACAUCGCCAGCGCCAGAAACAACAACCACCACAACAACGGCGCGUAUGCGGACAACGUCUGAGAGAACAGUGAAAGCGUCUCCAACGUCCGGAGGAAAUCAUAAAAACGGACAAACUGAUGACAAUCGGAAUACUGGCUUCCAUUCCAUUAUUUACAAGGAGUCGCAUGUCGACGAUGCUUACAAGGACGUGCGUGAAGGGCAUGUUGGUGGUUGCGGCAUUACCGAGGAAGUUUCCCAAUGGAUGGAGAGCAUACAAAAUUCUGCCGUCGAAGAGUUGCCAGAACCGAUGUCGAAGGACGAUGUUAGCCAACAAAAGCAACAGCACAAAUUAAUCAAACCGAACAGCGCGCGAAUGACACAAACGCAAGAUGCUGCAGAACAAGCCGGAGAUAAUGCUGCACAGCCGACAAGCAAGAAGCAUAAAAAACCUACUGCCGCAUCAGCAACAGCAACAGGCGGAACAAACGCGCAACAGCGUCCACCGAAAAAAUACUCAAGUCCUACAACAGCCUCAACGACGUCGUCGUUGCCAACAGCGGGCGGCAACUCAAGGACAGCCAGCAGCAUCGUUGGCGAGGAUGACUUCAAAUAUCCUUAUCAAAAAUACUCCAAAGCUGCAAAUUUCCGCUUCGAUGACGACGGUGACGCGUGGCGGCCAUUUUCGCCGAAGGCACAAUCCGAUGAUAUUUAUGGCCUGCCAAGCGGCAGCGGUAGCGGCUACUCUGGCGCAUUUUAUGACCCGGAAACAGGGCGCAAGUAUACGCCGCAAAACAUGGAUCGUGACGAAUGGCAUGCGAAGGUGCAUGAACGUGUGCGUCGCGCUACCGCCGCUAAUCCGAAUGAGAACAAGAAUACCUGUUCACUGUACAUACAAACGGAUCCGUUGAUUUGGCGGCACAUACGCGAAGGAAUUGCUGAUCAUGAUCGUGGCCGCAAAUAUGAGGUUGACGUAAAGACGCGUGAAGAGAUCACUUCAUUAAUCGCACAUCAUGUAACUGCCGUUAAUUAUAUAUAUCGCAAUACGAAAUUCGAUGGACGUAGCGAGCACCGCAACAUACGAUUUGAGGUGCAACGCAUAAAAAUCGAUGACGACUCCGCUUGUCGCAAUUCAUACAAUGGUCCGCACAAUGCCUUCUGCAAUGAGCACAUGGAUGUGUCGAACUUUUUGAAUUUGCAUUCGCUGGAGGAUCACUCUGACUUUUGUUUAGCCUAUGUGUUCACUUAUAGAGACUUUACCGGCGGCACGCUGGGCCUAGCUUGGGUAGCCAGCGCCUCUGGUGCUUCGGGUGGCAUUUGUGAGAAAUUCAAGACUUACACCGAAACCGUCGGUGGGCAAUAUCAAAGCACAAAACGCUCGUUAAAUACGGGUAUCAUAACAUUCGUCAACUAUAAUAGUCGUGUGCCGCCGAAGGUGUCACAACUGACGCUGGCGCACGAGAUCGGUCACAAUUUCGGAUCACCGCACGACUAUCCGCUGGAAUGUCGUCCUGGCGGUCUCAACGGAAACUUUAUUAUGUUUGCUAGCGCGACCUCUGGCGACAGACCGAAUAAUUCCAAAUUCUCACCGUGUUCCAUACGCAAUAUCUCCAAUGUACUCGAUGUUUUGGUGGGCAAUACGAAACGUGACUGCUUCAAGGUAUCGGAGGGCGCUUUCUGUGGAAACAAGAUCGUCGAAUCCGGCGAAGAGUGCGAUUGUGGUUUCAACGAGGAGGAAUGCAAGGACAUUUGCUGCUAUCCACGUAUCAUCAGCGAAUACGACCUAUCGAUGAACAGUUCGGCGAAGGGUUGCACGCGUCGCGCCAAAACGGAAUGCUCACCAUCACAGGGACCUUGUUGUCUGUCGAACUCAUGCCAGUUUGUGCCAUCGAACAACCACCAGAAAUGCAAAGAAGAGACGGAAUGUUCCUGGUCGAGCACAUGCAAUGGCACCACAGCCGAGUGUCCGGAGCCAAAGCCGCGUGAUGAUAAAACAAAAUGCAACAACGGCACUGCGCUCUGCAUACGCGGUGAAUGCUCUGGCAGUAUUUGUCUGCUAUGGAAUAUGACCGAGUGUUUCCUCACCUCGCAGGCGGUGCCGCAUGUUGACAAGCGUCGCUUGUGCGAACUCGCCUGCCAGAAUGGCAAUGAUACUGGCACCUGCCGUAGUACUAGUGAAUUCGCGCAUCAAUUUGGACUGCCAGAGGGUGGCAUUAACCUGCGGCCUGGUUCACCAUGCGACAACUUCCAGGGCUAUUGUGAUGUAUUUCUCAAAUGUCGCGCCGUUGACGCGGAUGGACCGCUGGUGCGACUGAAGAAUUUAUUGCUGAAUCGCGAAACUUUACUGACCGUUGCGCAGUGGGUCACCGAGUAUUGGUACUAUGUAGUUAUAAUGGGCGUUGGCUUUAUAAUUGUGAUGGGCAUAUUCAUUAAGUGCUGCGCCGUGCACACGCCCAGCUCGAAUCCGAAGAAGCGUCGCGCGCGUCGCAUUAGCGAAACAUUACGCGCGCCUAUGAAUACGCUACGCCGCAUGCAGCGUCAUCACCAAGGGCGCGGUGCCGGACCACGCAGCAUACCACCGCCUGCGCACGAACAACGCGGCGGCGUGGCGACCAACAGCCAUCAUCGCAGCGCGCAUCCGCAUCAUUGGGACCGUCAUCAGGGUGGUCACUCCGUGGUGCCACUGCCUACCGGCGGUCCACAACACAGUCACCAUCACGCUUCAGGGCGUACAUCAGCAAGCGGCGCAACAGCUGCAGCAGCAAGCGGGCGUGCGCCAGCUAAUGGACGUGGCUCGCGGCCGUCAACGCGCCCCACGAGCGGUACACGCAGCACAACACAUGGCGGGUAUGCAGAUGUGCCGCCACCUGGUCUUAUAGUCGGUGGUGUAGCCACUGGCGUCAGUAGUGGUGGUGGUGUUGGUGUUGGCGUUAGUGGUGGUGUGCCCAAUGGUGCGCUGUUAGUUAGCGGUGGUAGUGGCGGCGGCGUUGGUGGAGGACCCAGCGCUGGUGUGAUAGCACGUCAGCAAAUGCCGUUGCCACUGCCGCCAACCGGCGCGGUACAAGCGCAACAACAACAACAGCAACAACAAGUGCAGGCAACGCUCUCGCAAGCAUAUUAUGCGCCGCCGAAAGCCGUCGUUCCGCAACCAGCAAAUUAUAAUCGGCCGCCAUCGCUGCAUAAUCCCGAGCUGUAUGCGGAUGCCUAUGCCGCGCUGGGGCGGGGGGCGUAUGAGGCGACCACACGCCCACCCAACAGCAAAGUUUGACAGCAGCAACGGCAGUCAGCAGAGCAGCAGCAGCAGCAACAGCAAAAAUCAACAGCAACAAAAACCACUGCAGAAACAACACAAAAAUCAAAUGAACUCAAAUUAAAUGUAAAUGUACUUUUUACGCUAAUUAUUAUUAUAUAAAGUAAACACAAAAAAUUAAUAAAAAAAAAUUAAAUUGAAUAAAAAAGCAAGAAACAAAAAAACAAAAAAAUACAAUACAAAGGCAACAGAGAAACCAACAAAAAGUAAAUAAAAUACAUAAAUAUACAUACAUAUAUAUAUUUUUUAAAUUAAUUGAUAUACAAAAUACACAAAAAAGUACAUAAAAAUAAUCAAAAAAAUUAAAAGAUAUAUGAAAUAAUAAAUUGAGAGUAAGAAAACUAAAGUAAAUAGUGAAAAAGUGUGUAAGCAUAGGUAAAAAUGUAUAUUUCGAAGUUGAAUAAAUUGCGAUGAAAAAAGGCAUAAUACUAAAAUAUAUAGUUAAUACAAUUUAUGAUGUAAAUUAAAAGUAAAAACAACAACAAAUUGAUAUUUUGUGCAGAACAUUACAAGUAAGACAGUUAAGAAGCAUAGUAAGCAAUGUGUGUGUUUGAAAGAAAUAUUUAGAAACCAAACACCAGCACGUUAAAAAGACUAUAAAGCAUAUUGAUAACAAAAACUGUAGACAUAAAUUUAAUUUCACAUCACUGAUAAAACAAAUAGAUAUGUAAAGUUCAAUAUUACUACUAAUGAAGGGUAUGGAGCAAGGUUCAUAGGGUACAAGAUUGCGCCGCUUGCCACGUUGUGACGUAGUUGCACCGACGGAUUGUUUGUUAGGAAAAGAAAAAUCUCUUUUAUACUUCAUAUAUAAUUUUUUUUAUAAGUAAAUUCACUUCAUAACUUCUGUGUUGAUAUAGUUGUAUUAGUUGAAAAUUAUUUAAACUUUUUUAAAACUGAUUGUUAAAUACAUUUACAUGACAACUACUUUUUCAAUUUUUUCUUUCUGUUAAAUAAUCGAAUAGUCAGCGCUCAGUUCGAAACUAAUACCUAAAUUUUAUGAUUACCUACCAAAAAUAUUGUGUCAAGGUUUCUAUAAGUUUUUUACCCAAACAGCGACUUACUAACGCACAACAAUUUUAUUUUUUUAAUUUAGAAUGGUGUGAUCUUUUCUCUGAUGAACCUUGAAUGUGAACCAAGUUGUAUAUAAAUUGCAAAUUUUCAUUGUAGUUGUGUUUGAUGGGUGGCAGUAGCUCAAAAAUUUGCAUAAUGAAAAGAAAAGUGUUCGAAUUUUUUAAUAUUUUCAAAAACUACAAUCUUAAUUACAUCACACAUUUGUUAAAAAACGAUUUUAGUAGCAAAAAAACAAGAAAAACGUGAGUGUAAAAAUUUGACUUUUAUAUGACUAACUUUUAUUUUUACUGGAAAGUGGCGUUAAAUGGGCAGGCAGCCUUGAUCUAGAGUAUGUAGGAGGAAGAAAAGCAAUUUCAUAUGCGUUUUAACUAAAAAAAAUAAUUUAUGUAAAAUAUUUUAAAGCAACAAAUUUUAAUUUGCCAAAAAACAUGUAAAACGGUUUAGGUAUAAAAAUUAUAACUUUCAUAUAUCUAAAAAUGUAUUGUCAAUAUCAUAAAACAUUAAAUUGUUAAUUAAAAACUUAAAAAAAAAAUUCUGAAGAUUAGAGUUUACUUUAAAAUUCCAAUAUCUUAAAACAUUUCGAAUUCGCUGAAGACUUAUCUUUCGAACCGAACUUAUCUUGCAAAAUAAUAUUAAAAAGUAAUAAAAUAUUUUUUACUAGAAAAAAUAAUAAAAAUUUUGAAAUUUUCUUUCAAGUUAAAAAAUUAUAAAAUUUUGCAAAAAGUAUUAAAGAGUUAGUGCUAAAAUAAAAUUUGAAAAAAUUUGCAAUUAGUAAAAAAAAAUUAUGAAGAAAAUAAUUUAUUUUUAAAAAAUAAAUAAAUAAAGUAAAUAAUUUAGUAUUUCAAAAGAGUGCUUCAGCAAAUUUUCAUAAAACUUAAAGCUUGAGAACUUAAAAUUCAAUUUAUUAACUAUUUGGAAAAAGUUAUACGUUAAUAUUUUAUUAAAAAAAUUCUAUUCUUAUUUUUAAUGAUGAUUUCAUAUUUUUUAACUAUAUCCUGAGAGAAAGUGGAAAACCCGCUAUUGUUUUUAAAAACAUUUUCUUAAAGAAAAAUGAUUGCCUUGAGCGCAAACUGAUUUAUGUUUGUUGUAAAAAUAAUAAUGCUCGGAGGAUUUUCAAUAAAUUGUCCAAGGAUCUAGUUGCUAUUUAUGCUAAUGUUAUGCUAUUAUUAUUAUUGUAUUAUAUUAAUUGAAAUCUAAAGUUUUAGAAAUCGAAAACUAUAAUAUUAUAUAUGAUUUGUUUACUUCAAAAACACAUGGAAUCACAAAAGAAAUUAAUAUAGGUUUAUCCGAUUUGAUUUUCAAGUGCUAACUAUCACUACCGCGUCAAAUUUCUGCUGGAAAAACGUUACCUAACCCAAGAAUUUAGCAAAAGAGAGCACAAAUUGAGAGCGUAAAAGCAGAGAGAGCUGUUAACUUCUGCCAGUGACAUUGCUGCUAACUGGAAAUAACCCUUCGAAGCAACAGCUGUUAAAUACAUGUGUGAAGAAGCGAUUUAUGUAUGUUUGAUUUUUUUUUAAUUUUAUCAGUUUAAUAGUUUUUAAUUGUGAAAAUAAAAAUUCCAUUGAUUAAUUUACAAGCUUUGAUAUGAUGUGAUUAUAAAGAACAACAUUUUCAUAUUUUCUAACUAAUUCCUGCUAGUUUUUCGUUUCUUUACUUUGACGUUAGCUCGCUCUUUGUGAGAGUAACUUGUCUUUUUUCGCAUUCUUCUUCUUCCUGGUGGCUGGGAGCUACUAGCACUUCAGAAACAAAGCUAACUAUAGUAAUUAUCGGGAAAAUAAUUUUAAAUAUGUUUUUAAAUAUUUACAAGAAUUUGUGAAAUAUUUUAUAAUAAAUGUAGAGAUAUAAAAUGAAUUUCGAAAAAUCUACAAUACUUUCUUAGCGCUAAGUAUCUUGGCUGCUGCCCCGGCUCUACUCUAUAUUCUGACCACUGAUUACUUAUAAAGAAUACGCUACAUUGCUGCAUUAAAUACAUAUAAAUAAUUAAAAUAAGCUUGUUUCUUAAAAUUUUCGUCGUGAAUGCCUCAUUAUUUUAAAUAUAUUUUAGUUUAGUAUUAAAUGCUUAACGUUUGUAUACACUUAAAUACAUAUAUGUAUAAAAUAAUAUAUCUUAAAGCAUAGAAAGUCAUAAAUACCACAAAAAAUUUGCUUUAAUGCGUUCAUUAUUUUUAUAAAAAGAAAAUAAUUAUUACUUAUAAGUUUCGUGAGCAUGUGCGACUCUACAUUAAGAAUAGAAGAACAAAGAUGAAUUAUGCACUCAAACGAGUUGUAUAUAUUAAUACUUAUCUUUUUUAUAAAGUAAAAUUUCCGCACUACGAACAAAAUUGUAAACGUUUUACUCAUUUUGUUAUGCUAAAUAGAAAAAAAGUAUUUUUGUAUGCUAAAAAAGUAAAUUUGUGUUUAUGUUUACCUCAUAGACUUUUUAGCCUUAUUUCUUUACAUUAGCUAAGCGUUAAGUGUCAAUAUGAGCGAUAAAUGAGCGCAUUUGUAUUUUAAGUGCUAUUUUGAAUUCCAUUUCGAUAGUUAAAAAGUGUUUUUAGUAUUUUUAGCGAUAAACAUAUGAAAUUAAAGUGCUACAAAGUGUUGCAUAUGAAAUUGUAAUGAAAUUCAAUCAUAUUUUACCUUGCAUGCUAGAAAACUCUGCUUAUGAAAUUUUAUGAAUGUAUUCAAACCCACCUAACGGCGAAGUUGUGCAAAACUUUGUUUUCAUAUAUAAAAAUAAAUAUUUCAUAUUAUGAUAGCCUAUUUUGGAAAUUAUGUAGCUCAUCACUGUCCGUUAUUGUAGUAAAUAAAUAUGCUUUUAUUAUAGAAAUUUAUAAUGUUUUGUAUUUUUUACAUUUUACAACUCUCGCUUGAUAUUAUUUUGUUCAGUUACUUUUUUAUGCGUGAAGUAUUUUGAUCUUCGAAAAAAAUGCGUUUGGCUUAACAUUUGAUUUUUAAUGGAGGAAUGUUUUUGUGCAAAUUUUAUGUCUUUCAACUAAAUGGUAACGGUAUAUAAGCAGAAUCGCUUAAAUAUACGUUUUGGAAACUUGUACUAUUUCACAAUGAUAUGUAUUGUUUGUGAAAAGUUCAUAUAAAAUUCUCAAAUGAAUUAAUUAACUUAAAGUAUAAAAUACAUACCUACAUAAUUCUUUAAACUUUCACUUUCGGUAUUUUUUUAUUUUAAUAAUUUUUAUUAAUUUUUUUAUUUUAAUAAGUUUUAUUAAUUUUUUAUUUAUAUUCGCAGCUUAGAUUUAAUACUGAAAUUUUUAUUUAAUCUUUGGUAUCGUGGUAUCUUUUCAAAGGGUAUUUUAAGAAAUACUUUUAUUCUUUUCAAUGAAAAAAUACAUAAACCUCAAAUAUAAUGGAGAAUGUUUAUUAUCAUUCGCAAGAACAUACGUUGACAUUUAUGUUUUGAAGAUUAUCUCUUUGGCCGCGGUGACGUCUCAGAUGGUCUAUCCGUUGAGUAUAAUUUUUGAUGACCCUUUCGAGCAUUUCGACUGGUAACUGACAAAUAACACGCGAGAUGUUUUGCUCCAAGGCCUGAAUCGAAGCGGGAUUGUCCGCGUAUACUUUAGAAGGAAAAAGUCUGACGGUGUUAUAUCAUAAGAUCUUGGUGGCCACUCGGCCUGCACAAAAUCCAUUAGUCCAAAUGUCGCCGAGAUCACGAGCUUAAAUUUCUCACGUAAAACAGUCGGCAUCAUUUUUGAAGAAAUAGGGACCAAUGACCGUUGUUUUUUCUAGAUGAAAUGACAGAUCUUGAAUCUUUUCAGUUUUCUGUUUGUCCCAAAUGCGGCAGUUUUGCCCAGAAAUGGGCCUCAUAGCUGAAAAAAAUUUGACUCAUGUACACUCUCAGCUAUAUUUUCUUCACUGCAUGCUAGAAGUGGUCUAUUCGGUUGAAUAUUAUCACAUAAUGUACGCUGGGUCUCAAUAUGGGUGAUGUGAUGCGAAAAGUACGCUUAAGUUGACCAUAAGUUGAGUCAAGCUUGACACGACUCACGCGUGAUUUGUCUAGGCUAUUGUACUAAAAAGUACUUCUUGGAUCCCGCGUUAUUUGUAAUUUUUAAAUCGUUUAUUCACGCAAAUGCGGGAAUGAACAGAUAUCAAGCAAACUCUGAACAAAUUUUGAUCUGACAGCAUUGUUUUGAUGGUUAUUCAUAAUUUUGACAUGAUUUUCGCUUGGGAAUUUUAGAAUUAGAAUGAUCUUCAACGAAACAAGUUAAAAGCAUUGUAUUGAAUUAAUAUCGAAAUUUGACAGAUUGUACGUGAACUCUAUGAUUUCUGGUAUGUCUAACCAAGUUGCGUUUUCUCCCUAGGCAAUGUUUUCUGAGGACUGAAGGAGGGUUGGAUUCCAAUAUUACCGAAUUAAAACAAAUUAAAUUUUUCCGUAAAUAAUUUCACUAUAUCCACCAACUGAAAUUGUAAAACUCGCUCAUUCAAUGAGUAAUUUUAAAUAUUUUCCUCUGACCAUGAUAUAAUAAAGACAAAGGUCAUAUUUUUUCACUAAAAUUGCAUUAAAUUGUCAGUACCAAUUUGUAAGUGGAUGCUUGGGAAUUCCAAGGUGUUCAAAUGUUAGAUUCUACUCUUUUCUCCGUUUUCAAUUUGUUAGUGAAACGAUGUCCAAAGAGACCUGUUUACGGUAUUUUUUUUAAAAAUCAGAACGGGUUCAUACCGAAAAAAUCCACUAAAAUCAUUCGAUCGCACUCGUCUGACGAUUUUCAAGCAGAAAAUCCUUCACUUUUAUAAUAUUUUCAUCAGUUGAAGAGGUCGAAGGUCGUCCAGAACGAGGCAUGCCUUAAACGAUCCCUCGACCGUCUUUGUAGGCUUUGGACCACUCGUAGGCUUGUGGUUUUGAAAAAAAACUUAAAAAAAUUUAAUUACAAUUUCUGGGUAAUAAUAAUUUACAUUUCCAUCAGAUCAAUUAAAGUUGUUUAAAAAUAAUGUGCAGAAGCCGAAAAAAAGCAAGAAAACAUUUAUAUUAUAUGUAUUAAGAAUAUUUCCUACUUUCAAAAUUUAUUUAAAUUCUAUUUUUUUUUAAUUUUAACAACUGAGAGUGUUAGUUAUUUUUAUUAUUAUUUAUUUAUUGAAAAAAGAAAUAAAAAAAGUACAUAUAAUUAUUUAUUUGACUUUUCGGAACUUCAAAAUUAAAAAAAAAAUCUAAAAUAUAUAAAGAAUUGGAGUAUGAAAACAAGUUUCAUCAAUCGAUGAAAGUUAAAAAACUAUAAAAUUAUAUUUUUUUAGUAUAAUCUUUUAUAUUUCCCUCUAUUUUCUUUAUGAAGUUAUUCAAAGUUCUUCUAUUUUUUUACAAGUGUUUAGAGAUAUGAACCAAAUAAACCUUCUUCAGUACUAACUUUAUGACCUUUUUAAUUUUGCUACACGAAUGAAUGAUUGUCUGGAAAUAUUGAACAACUCUGCUCAAAGAAAAAUGUAAAAAGCAAAUAAGGUAAGGUUAGCACCGAAAGUAAACAAACAAAUACAAAACGCGUGAAGAGAUUCUUAAGAAAGUGUAUAGUAAUAUGAAACUUAAAGUUACAAAGUGUUAAAGAAUAAGAAAGAAAUAAAGUCGCGAAAAAAUAAAUUCAAGAAAAUAUGCAAAGAUAUUCUAACUGUAAAUAUUGAACUCUAAAAAUAGUAAGUUUAAUAUAAAUAAAGCAAAAGAGAUAUUUGAAUAUAAAUAAUUAUGCAAAUAAAUAUGAAUGCGUAUAAAAGCUAAGUAGUAAGUGCAUAUUAGCCUCUAAGUGCGAAUUAAAGAAACUUAUUAAAUAAAAUAAUAAAAACAUAUAUAUAUAUAUAAAUAACUCUAAUUAAGUGUAAGCGAAGGCAAGAUAUAUGUAGAUAAAAGUCAACACUUAAAUUUAUUGGCAACAAUUCAUACAAGCAAACAUACUUACAUGCAUACAUACAUAUGUACAAGCAGAAAUACGAGAAUGUGUGUGUUUUGGAGUUAAUAAAAUUGAAUAAAAAGAGAACUACAAAUACAAAGGAAAGCACAUUUAACUAUGGUACAUAUUAGUUUUUCAUUUCUCAAAUAGCAACAACAACAAAAGAACAUAUACUAUUAAUUUAAAACAAAACUAGUAUUAAAUGGAAAGCGAGUUGAGGUGAAUAUUCGUUUAAGCUAUUGAAGAAUUACAAUGUAAAAACAAAUUAAUUAGAGAAGAUACAAAGAUCAAUACAAAAAUAUUACAAAACAAAAGCUUGUCGUAAACAUGAAAUGGAUAACAAUAAAAAAACUACUAUUUUAUAAAAAUAAAUAUUGAAAAAUGUGAA